AUGUGGCUUGCCGUCCCUUUCUGCUGCAUGUAUGUUAUUUCCAUCCUGCGAAAUAGUGCAAUCCUCUUUGUCAUCAAAGCAGAGCGCAGCCUCCAUGAGCCCAUGUACCUCUUCCUGUGCAUGCUGGCUAUCGCAGACUUUGACAAGGAGGGCAUAGCAAUGGACGUGUGGGGGUAA